UCCGAUUCUGUUCCGUUUUCCCUACGCUCGUUUUAUCGUACGCCUUUUUUUAAACCCCCAACCCAUUUCGCCCCUUCCUCUUCCUCCACUUCUUGAAACCCUAACCCGGUCCCCGCUGGAGAUCGACGGCUGAGAUCCCUCCAUCUGUCUCCGGCGAGAUGGACGCCGAACUCGGGUCCUGCUCGCUCGUCCUCGCUCUCCUCCUGAUCUCCUCGAAACCCUGAUACGUAAUUGUCAGGGUUAGGGUUGGGUUUUCGUAAUUCCUAGUAGAGAUGAAGGAGAGGCCGUAGACAUAGGUAAAAAGGGAGAGCUCGAGGGCUCCAAGGGGGCGGCGCCGACGCCGGCGGAGGAGGGGCAGGCGCCGACGCCGGCGGAGCUCCACCUUCCGGCGGAAGUCGAUUGGGAGAUGCUGGACAAGUCGCGGUUCUUCCUCCUCGGCGCCGCCCUCUUCUCCGCCGUUUCCGCGGCCCUCUACCCGGCAGUGGUGCUCAAGACCCGUCUCCAGGUCUCCCACCCCCCGCCCCCCUCCGCCUGUGCCGCCGCCGCUGCCAUCCUCCGCCACGAGGGCCUCCUCGCCUUCUACCGCGGCUUCGCCACCUCCCUCGCCGGUACCAUCCCCGCCCGCGCCCUCUACAUGGCCGCCCUCGAGGUCACCAAGAGCGCAGUCGGCUCCACCGCGCUCAGCCUCGGUCUCCCCGAGCCGGCCGCUUCUACAGCAGCCGGCGCUGCUGCCGGCCUUAGCGCUGCCAUCGCCGCCCAAGUGGUCUGGACCCCGGUCGACGUCAUCAGCCAGCGACUCAUGGUCCAGUGCUGCCAUCUCCAAGGCUCCAAGUACCUUGGUGGCCUUGAUGCCUUCAGAAAAAUCCUAUCUUGCGACGGAAUUCGAGGUCUCUACCGGGGCUUUGGCAUGUCCAUCCUCACCUACGCCCCUUCCAAUGCCAUGUGGUGGGCUUCCUAUUCUCUGUCUCAAAGGAUAAUAUGGAGUGGAUUGGGGUACUACUACCUCAAUCGCCAAGAGGAGGAGAAGGGGAGGAAUGAUGGCGGCGGCGAGGUGAUAAGGCCGGGGUAUGGGGCGGUGGUGGUGGUGCAGGGGGUGAGUGCAGCCAUGGCAGGGGGAGCGGCGGCGGUGGUGACGAUGCCGCUGGACACCAUCAAGACGAGGAUGCAGGUGAUGGAGGGGCGGAUGACGAUCGGGCGGACGGUGCGGAGCCUCAUGAGGGAAGGAGGGUGGGGUGCAUGCUACCGGGGUCUGGGGCCGAGGUGGGCCUCGAUGUCGGUGUCGGCCACCACCAUGAUCACCACCUACGAGCUCCUGAAGCGGCUCUCUGCAAAGAGGCAGGAGGGCUUGGCCACAUGACACGAGGUAAAGCCGAUGGUCCAUCUGAUCUCUUUGCUGAUGCUUUUGUUUGUUGGGGUCCAUAUAACCAUUGGUUGUUGCUGUGCUACCAAUGUAUUUGCAUGCAACUGCGACAUGGUGAUGGAAGAUGAUGUCCAUAGAUUAUGAAAUAAUGUAUUGGAUGAUUGGCUUUGGUUGAGAAUUAGAUCGGUCUCUAGCUUGGGAAGCCUCGGGUGCUUCUGGGAUUGGGAUGUCAGAAAUUUGUUAGACUUUUGUGUGGAUGAUUAACACGUGGGGUAGGAAGUGUGUUAGGGCUCAUAAUGAUUGAUAGUGAAAGCUUUCUGGGAACUAUUCCCAUAGCAGGAGCCAAAAUCCAACGUUUUGGUUGAUUUAUGUGUUAGGUUUAAUUUCCAGUGUCAGGUAAGAAUCAUAAUCUUUGGCAUUCACUUGGUUAGUUUUUGUAUUCUUCAAGACAAGACAUGAAUGGAAGAUCACAGCUAGCUUAAUUAGCAUUUCUUGAUGGUUGUUCUAAAGACUUGGAUCUAAUUCUGCCUUCAUCAAGGGUAGGGAAGUCUACAAAUAUUGGAGGAGGGCCAUCCCAUUUCAUAGCACAGACUUUUCUAAGGCCUCCUGUGUAGAAGAAGAAUAAGAGAAAUUUCCUACUGGUUUCACAGAUGCUAUGUGCCUCAUUAGUUUCACUGGUUUAAUUCAAUGGGUAAUGCAGGAUAUGUGGAUGAAGUGUUGAUGCUUGUGACUGCAUUUGUGACCUUAUCAUGGGACACGGCUCGGACAUGAGUUAAACUUGUUAGGCCUUGAUGAUUGGAGAACUGCCAUGGUAGCAAACCUAAUGUGGAGAACAAUUAUCUUUUAUUAACUAUGAAGAUAUGAUUUAAUGGGUUGGAUUGUUAUUUCGUACUAAUUUAGGUCAAUAUAAGGGUCUAAUUUUCUGAGCCAUUGAUUUCACAUGUUGAUAAUACUCUUGAAUACCAAAUAUUGAUGUGAACUAUAGCAUGAUAAACAUAUAAAAUUGAUGGAAAUAGCAAAUAAGAAAACACAUGAAAAUAUACAACAAACUAAUGUAGGGAUAAGUCUCAUCAUGCUGAUU